AUGUAUCAAGAUAAAGUACCACAAUCGGACUAUGAUUUAUAUGUAAAAGCUUUAAGUUCUACCGUAUUUAUUAGUAUAGUACCCUUUUUUAUAUUGUUUUUCAUUCCUAUUGAUGGAAGUGUUGAAAAACAACCGCUUUUGAAAAUAUUAUUGUCGUUUGCUUCUGGUGGCCUUCUUGGUGAUGCAUUUUUACACUUGAUUCCACAUGCCCUUACACCACGUGAAGAUAAAAGUGGUCACAGUCAUAGCCAUAGUCAUUCACAUGGAAAAGACCAACAUGAACCUCAUGAUAUGACAGUUGGCCUAGGAGUUCUUGGUGGAAUUAUAACAUUUCUUGUUGUAGAAAAAUCAGUACGGCUAUUCAGUGGAGGCCAUGGUCAUUCUCAUAGUACAGACAAAAAGAAGGACAGUGAUAAAUCAAAAAAACUGAAUAACUCUAAAAAGGACGAAAUAAAAAUUGCUGGAUACCUAAAUUUGGCAGCUGAUUUUACACAUAAUUUUACAGAUGGAUUAGCUAUUGGAGCUUCAUUUAUAGCAGGACAAAGCAUUGGCUACAUCACAACUGUCACAAUUUUAUUACAUGAAAUUCCUCAUGAGAUAGGUGAUUUUGCUAUUCUUGUGCAGUCUGGUUGCUCUCGAAGAAAAGCUAUGAUGUUACAGCUGUUGACAGCAUUUGGAGCUAUCUCUGGUACAGUUAUUUCAAUUUAUCUCCAAGGUUCCAGCGAUGGACUUGUUUCAUCUCUCAUAUUACCAUUUACUGCAGGUGGAUUUAUUUAUAUUGCAACUGUAUCUGUGAUUCCAGAACUUUUAGAAGGAUCAAAUAAUAAAUUUUCACAGUCUAUCAAAGAAAUAAUGGCUCUUUUGGCUGGAGUGUACAUGAUGGUUUUAAUUGCACAAUAUGAAUAG